CACGUGUUCCUGGGGCUGUGUUCAGGCGUUACUUCCGUGUGCAGCUGCGGCUUUCGUCCCCCAGGACGCUGCAGCCGUUGGGUUCCUCUUGGCGUCCACCGGUCCGCAGCACUCGCCCUCGGCAGUGCCAGCGCGGUGACAUGAGUGUUCCUGUGGCGCCGCCCGCGGGCAGGGCCCUGACCACCGCGCCCCCUGACCGCCUGGAGGCCGGCGAGCCUCUGCUGGGUUUAAAUGACGCUUCUCCAGAUGAAGGAUUAGCAGAGGACUUCACUGUAGAAGACAAAGCUGUGGAGCAGCUGGCAGAAGGACUGCUUUCCCACUACCUGCCGGACCUGCAGAGAUCAAAACAAGCCCUCCAGGAACUCUCACAGAACCAAGUUAUAUUACUAGAUACACUGGAGCAAGAGAUUUCAAAAUUUAAAGAAUGUCAUUCUAUGUUGGAUAUCAAUGCUCUGUUCACUGAAGCGAAGCACUAUCACACCAAGUUGGUGAGCAUAAGAAAAGAGAUGCUGAUGCUUCAUGAAAAAACGUCAAAGUUAAAGAAAAGAGCACUUAAGUUGCAACAGAAGAGGCAAAAAGAAGAGCUGGAAAGGGAGCAGCAACGAGAAAAGGAAUUUGAAAGAGAAAAGCAGUUAACAGCCAAGCCAGCCAAAAGGACAUGAGCAGCUGUGCUUGUGGUGUGCUCUUUCCCUGCCCCGUACACUGCGAAUUUAUAGUAUGUAUGCAUAGAAUUUAUAGUAUGUACGUGUAGAGUGAGGUUCAGGCAGUGCCUUAUCCCAUUGCACAUGUCUUGAAAGCCUUACCCAGGAUUGCUGUCUCAAGAAGCCUUUCUUUCAGUAGUAGACACAGUGCCACUUGUUUUUGAUAUUCAUGUGUAAACUCUUCAAGUUUUGUUUAAUUUAAAAAUUUGUUAUUUUGACCUUGAAUCAUUUGUAAACUGGAAAAUGCUUUGUUAUAAGGGUCUGAACUCCAAUUCAAAAUGAGUAUGACUGUUUUAGCUUCCUGAGUAGGAUUUAAAGUUUGAGUUUCUCAUUUUAUGAUGACAUGCCUUUUCUGCAGUGUGACUCUGAGUUUUGGUAAUUGCUUUUUUGACUGCUUAAAGAGAAAUGCCAGUUGUCUGAUCACAAAUCUCACAGGAGAAUGGAGGCUAAGCCUUUGUAAAGGACAUAGCGAAAGAGUGUACACACAGGAACAAGUGCUGAACAUAGUGGAAGAGUGUACACACAGAGACGAGUGCUGAGCGUAGUGCAGGUAUCCAUGCAGGAACAAGUGCUGUAGCUAUAGGCUAGGUCAGUGGAUGCCAGAUAGAUUCUUCAUCCAUUCUCUGCUUUUUAGUGUUGGUGCUGAAAUAGAUUUGGGGCUCAAGACAGAAUUACAUCAAUUCCUAAAGUUGGCUGGUGAUGGUGGCCCUCCACACUUUCAAAUGUACACAUAAUCAUUGGUGAGAUAAGUUCUGUGCUUUUAGUGUAGAGUGAAAUCUGUUGCUCACUUUAAUAGAUAAUUACAGGAUUGGUGGAAAAUGGGUAAAUAGUUCGGUAAAAGAGGCAGCAUGAUACUCUAGUAUUUCUAGAAUGUUUUCUUGAUAUUAUAUGUAGGAAUUUACUCUGUGAGGGCAACACGAAUUUUCAUUGUUUCACAUCAAGAGUGUCCUAGCAUACUCUGCUCUUGUAGUAUGUAGUGUCCAGUUGGUUUCUAAUCCCAACUGCAUGUGGACACUGCAGAACCUGUACAGGUGUCUGAUUUUAAUUACCUAUUUUAUAAUCUAUGUGACAAUUUCAGUAGGCCGGAAUUACUACCUCUGAUCACAUAUCAGGCAAACAAUAGAGAAAGCAUUAAAGAUGAAUGCUAAGAACUGGUUGGUUUAAAGGCAUAAGUAAUUUCUUUGAGAGUCUUUUCCUUCUUUAAUGAAUGAAUUAUGGUCCCACAAGUCACUUGGUCUUGACCUCAUAUUUAAGAAUGUAAAUGUUUGAAAUCUGUUACCCUUGGUCACUUCCUGGGAUGAAUUCACUGGGACUUGGAGGACACUGUCACUAAUGCUGAAUGUACUCAUUUAUAUAAAACAUCCAACAAAGACUAUGCAUUGCUCUUUUGGUGGUUUGGGGCCAGUUGUUGUGGUUGUUUAAAAUGCUGCCUCCUGGACACCACCCUCAGUAUAUCAAAGGGAAUCUGUUUUUGUUUGGUUUGCUUAUUUUAUUUUUAAAGUUUCCCUCCAGUGAUUCUGGUAUACUUUAAAAGAUGAAACCCCCAUAGGUUUAGAAGCUGACAAUGAGGGGUUUCCCACAGUAUACCACAUGUCCCUUUCACCUGGGAACCAGAAACAAUACAGAAACUCUCAAUUUUUGCUCACUGGUCCUGAUGUGGCACCCAAGUCUGGACUAUUCUGAUACAAAGAACUGGUGGCAUAGACUAUCUAGUGAUUUACAUUUAUAAGUGGUGAAAUAGUUUAAAAGCUACCGAGUAAUUUUUGGAGCUAAUCUUAAGAAAUAAAUUCUUUACUACUGCUUUUGAUCUAUAGUCAAAUUUAAAACCAAACUUUAGCUGGCAGGAAAUAAGAUACAGAAUUUUGGUUAAUUAAUUGAACUUUUGUGACCUGUAUUAAAAUAAAUCAUGUUUAUCGAAUGAAUAUAUACACAUAUCCUUCAGAAUUAUAUUGUCAAAGAGUUUUUUAAAAUAUUAAAAGAACUAUAUAUUAGCAUCUACUAUUUUAAGGUCAACAGUAAAACAGAGAUAACAGAUAAUUAAAACCUAAAACUUCAGCUAUAUUUCAGUAACAUGGAAACAUUGGAACCUUUAUAUUACAGUCUUGCUGUAUUUUUCACAAAAUAGAAAAUUGGUGGAAAACUUUGUCUUGAAACUAUAUCAAAUAUGUACUGAACUGAAAUGGUGGCAGUUCAUCUUGUGUUCACUUUGCAGCAAGUAUUGUGUAAAUAUGCAGACUGAAUAUAACAUAGAUUGUGUCCACAUAGAGUUUUGUUGUGGAAUCAGUUUGUAAGUGUACCAAUUAUAUGUCCACAGAUCUUUGACUGUUUUUGGUCUUAUAAAAUGAGGACUACUUUUUAUGCACUUAAUAAAAAAGUUGGAAUCACCCAGAAUCAUUUAUCAAGCA